GGUUUAGGUACCUUCUACUUCCGGUGUAACUGUUGCUAAGGAGACCAGAGUAACCGCUGCCUGCUUGUGACAACAGUCAACAUGAGUGAAGAAGAUCGAUAUGUGUUCAUUGCAGAAUGGUAUGAUCCUAAUGCUGCUCUCCAGAGACGUUAUCAGUUGUUAUAUUAUUCAAAGGAUGGAUCCGUUGAAAUGUAUGACGUGAAGAAUCAUCGUGUCUUUUUAAGACGAACAAAAUAUGAUGGCCUACAGAAAGAAGAUUUAUUUAUAGGAAACAAAAUAAACAUUUUUUCUCGUCUGCUUCAUUUAGUUGACUAUGGUGAUCAAUAUACAUCUCGCGAGGUCGGCAGUAAAAAAGAAAAAACACUGGCUUUAAUAAAACCUGACGCUAUAAAGAAAAUGGGUUCAAUAAUCGAAACAAUCUUAGACUCCGGAUUUAUAAUUACAAAAACCAAAAUGGUUUUACUUACCAGGGAAGAAGCGAUGGACUUUUACAGUGAACAUCACACAAAGUCUUUCUUUAGUGAUCUAGUCGGUUUUAUGAUAAGUGGACCCAUAGUUGCAAUUGAAGUUGUUGGAGAUGACGCAAUAUCUUCAUGGAGGAAAUUACUUGGUCCAACAAACUCGAGUAUUGCAAGAAGUGAACUACCUGAAAGCAUAAGAGCAAAGUUUGGUACUGACGGCACAAAAAAUGCAGCUCAUGGCUCUGAUUCGGUUGCUUCUGCUGCUCGAGAGUUAGAGUUUUUCUUUCCUUCGAGUGGGGGCCGUGGUCCAAGAAACACAGCAACGUUUACAGAGUGUAGCUGCUGCAUAAUAAAGCCUCAUGCCGUUUCAGAAGGGUUAACUGGGAAAAUUAUAAAUGGAAUUUUGGAUGCCGGCUUUGAGAUUUCAGCAAUGCAAAUGUUUACCAUGGAGAAAGCCAAUGCUGAAGAAUUCUAUGAGAUAUAUAAAGGUGUUGCGGCAGAAUACAGUGAUAUGCUGGUUGAAUUAUGUUCUGGUCCUUGUCUUGCUUUGGAAAUAAGAGGCACUGAUGUUCCGAAGCGCUUUAGGGAAUUCUGUGGACCUGCAGAUCCUGAAAUAGCACGUCAUCUACGCCCCAAGACACUUCGUGCUCGUUUUGGGAAAAACAAAAUAAAAAAUGCUGUUCAUUGUACUGACCUCCCAGAAGAUGCUGUCUUGGAGGUACAAUAUUUUUUUAAGAUCCUGGAUUCUUAAGAACCACACAAAGAAGAAUUGGUUUUAUGUAUUUUAUUGUCUGAUGUUUCAAUUUGACUUAUUUUGAACAAGAGCGCUGUACUCUUGGCAAAUAUUACAGAUGUUUGACAAUGUGCGCACAGUAGACAUUUAAUACAUCCUAUGGGGUACUGCAUUGCAUUUAAAGUUCUUAAAAUAAAGAUUUAUUUUUCAA